AUGGAUGAAGAAAUAAAAUCAUUAAGAACACAAAACAAGCAACUCAAGGAAAAGAUCCGUGAGCAAUAUCAAGUAUUUCAGGAGGAGAGAUCGAAGCUUAAAUCUCGAAAUCAAGUUCUAAGAACACAAUUAUAUCAAGAACAAGCAAGAAAUAAAGCGGCUAUUGAACAAUUUUCAGAAAAAAUACGUCUACUUGAAAAUAAAAUAGCAUCGAAGCAGCAGUAUGUUCAAUUUCCUCAAUAUAGAAGACAGCCUACAAAUUAUACAGGAAAAACAUCUCGUUUUCAAGAGCUUGAAGAAAGAGGUCGCAGACUUGAGCGUGAAGCUGAUGAAAUAUUGCUAAAAUGCCGAUCUGGUGACCCAGCACUUUUCCUUCCACCUCCAGACAUCUAUCAAAUGCCAACAUACAAUCCGAGAACAGAUUUCAAUUACGAUAAUCAAGCCAAUGCUUUUAGCCAAAAUGUUAAACCUGUUCAAAAACAAACACAAAUUCCUAAAAAUUCAAGAAACACUAGAAAUUCAAAUGAUGGCAAUCAGGCGUCGAGGGUUUCAUAUCACUCUAAUCUUCAAGAUUUCGAUGGAAUUCGAAGAACAUCUCAAAAUAGCAACAAUCCUUCCUCAAUUUACGAUGAUAGUAUGUGUGAUAAUGAUGUUUCCAAUGAUUCGAUGAUUGUUGAUCCAGUGAAUACACGUCGCAAGGAUAAUUCUGUUCAUAGAUCGAAUUCGGAAAAAUCUGCGCCAUUGCAGCAAAAGGUUGAGCAGCCGAUCAAGAGAUCUUCAUCCACUCCUAAGCAAUCUAAUGCCAGUCAGAAUCCACCACCAAAAGAAACUAAAAAAUCAGAUUCAAAUUCAGAAAAGACGAAAAGUUCCGAUAAAAAGAAAGUAUCUUUAUCAGAAGAGGCAUCUGAUGCCUUGUUUGGUGACUUUGGAAGUAAGCCUGCAGAGAAAAAGUCCAAAUCAAGUGCAAAUUCAUCAAAAAUCCAAAAAGAAAAGCCUCAACCUGUUGAACAAAAGUCGAUAUCUGAAGAUGUAUUCGCUGAGAACUCUAUUCAGCAAGAAAAACCAGCUCCUUCUAAAGAAGACGUUUUUGUAGAAGAUAAUUCAACAGAUGAUGGAAUUGAUGUAUUUGCUAAUGAUCCAUUGGAUGGUUUCAUGUCUAGUCCUGCCCAGAAGGAAGAAAGCGACAUCAAAGCCAAUGCACCAAAUGUUAGUCCUGCAGAAUCAAGUAAAAACAGAUCGGAUCAAAAGCAGUCAGCAAGUAAAGAACAGGAUAAUAAAUCUGAUGUGUUUGAUGAUGGAUUUGAUGAUAAUUUCGGAACGAGCUUUGAUAUUGAUAUCUAA